CGCGGGCCGCUCGGUCCCAGACCUGGCCGGGCCGCGAGGUGGGCAUCGCCGGGGGAGCAAUCGGCGACCGGGGGGCUGGCAGCGCGGGCAGCGGGCGCCGGGACACCUGCGGACACAGGCCCUGCCGCCCCAGUGAGCGGGUCCUCUAUCAGGUUUAGGGGGAGGGGAUGGCGCCCCGCGCGCGAGGCUCCCAGCCCCACGGAGGAGUUCCCACUGGCUGGGGAAGACCUAACAGAGCCUGCUUCCCCUCGGCUCGUCUGUAAGGCCAGCGGCCGGAUAGCUGUCUGUGGCCUGGAGGGUCCAGCCUCAGCGGGUCCCUUUCUCCUGAACAUUGGAGUUAUGACCCUUGGGAGGUGACCCAGGAGAGAAGGGAUGCACGCCUUUGGUCCUCCCAAUGGGGGUCGCCUCCAAGGACUGGUGGCCUCCCGCAUUGAGACCUAUGGGGGCCGGCUUCAGGCCUCCACCCUGAGUACUCCUGGUAGCCUCUAUCCCCGAGGAGGCCCCGUGCUGGUGGGGAGGGGUGUGAGGGCCUGCCCACCUCCACCCCAGCUCCACCCUCCUGGCGGCCUCCAGUGCUACCAAAGAAAUGGGCGUGGAGGCGCAGCAGUCUUUCCCUCAGCCUCCAGGCUCUCCCUCCACCUUGAGGAUCCCAGUGGCCGACACCUCCAAGGCUAUGUCCCCUUUACCAAGGGUUCUGGCCCGGCCCGAGGCCUGUCUCCCCUGAGGCUGCGAGAACCAGAGCCUGAGAAGAGGCAUGGAGGCCCCUUUGGGGCUGGGACACCUCACUUCCCCAAACUCAAGGAAGUCACCAGAGCCCAUCAGCUGGAAAUGAGGCUGCACACGUUCAGCAUGUUUGGGAUGCCCCGCCUGCCCCCAGAGGACCGGCGGCACUGGGAGAUCGGAGAGGACGGUGACAGCAGCCUGGCCAUUGAGAAGUCCUGGAAGGAGCUGGUGCCUGGACACAAGGAGAUGAGCCGGGAGCUCUGCCACCAGCAGGAAGCGCUGUGGGAGCUACUGACCACCGAGCUCAUCUAUGUGCGGAAGCUCAAGAUCAUGACGGAUCUCCUAGCCGCCGGUCUGCUGAACUUGCAACGAGUGGGGCUGCUGACGGAAGUGUCAGCUGAGACCCUGUUUGGAAAUGUCCCUAGCCUGAUCCGAGCCCACCAGAGCUUUUGGGAAGAAGUGCUGGGGCCCACCCUGGAGGAGACGCGAGCCUCGGGCCAGCCUCUGGACCCGGUCAGCCUGCAAAACGGCUUCCUGUCGUUCAGCCAGCGCUUCCAGCCCUACGUCCUGUACUGCCUGCGAGUGAAGCAGACCAUGGCCUACGCCUGGAAGCAGCAGGACAACAACCCUCUCUUCCGCACCUUCCUGCAGUGGUGUGAGAAGCACAAACGCUCGGGGAGGCAGACGCUGGGGGACCUCCUCAUCAAGCCCCACCAGCGCAUCACCAAGUACCCACUGCUGCUCCAGGCUGUGCUCAAGAGGAGCCCCGAGGCCCGCGCCCGGGAGGCCCUGACCACCAUGAUCGCGGCGGUGGAGUCAUUCCUCCGACACAUCAACAAGCAGGUGCGCCAGCGGGAAGAGCAGGAGAGCUUGGCGGCUGCAGCCCAGCGCAUCGGGCCCUACGAGGUCCUGGAGCCGUCCAGCGAGGAGGUGGAGAAGAACCUGCGUCCAUUCUCCACGCUGGACCUGACGGCCCCCAUGCUGGGGGUUCCUUCUGAGCACACCAGGCAGCUGCUGCUUGAGGGGCCUGCGCGCAUGAAGGAGGGACGAGAAGGGAAGCUGGAUGUGUACCUGUUCCUCUUCUCUGAUGUGCUCUUGGUGACCAAGCCCCUUCGCAGGACAGACAAAGCCAAGGUUAUCCGCCCGCCCCUCAUGCUGGAGAAGCUUGUGUGCCGACCGCUCCGAGAUCCGAGCAGCUUCCUGCUUAUCCACCUCACCGAAUUACAGUGUGUCUCCAGCGCCCUCACUGUGCACUGUCCCAGCGCUGCAGACCGUGCCGUGUGGCUGGAGAGGACCCAGCAGGCCCAGGCCACCCUGCAAAAGCUGAAGGCAGAGGAGUACAUCCAACAGAAGAGGGAGCUCCUGGCCCUCUAUCAGGACCGGAACGGGGAGUCCCCAGGCCCCAGGCCCUCCAUGCCUUUGGUGGAAGGCUCUGAGAGCAGCACAGAGGGAAGUAACUGUAGGACUCCUGGGUCCUCGAUCGUCAUCCCCCAGCUGGUGGUGACGGAAGACACAGAUGAAGAUGCUCCCUUGGUACCAGAUGAUAUCUCGGACUCUGGCUAUGGCACUCUGGUCCCAGGCUCCCCCAAGGCGUCCCACUUUCUGCCAAACCGUCUACGCUCCAAGGUCCUUCGGCGGGACCCUCGCCGCACCUUCUCCACCUUGGACCUCCGAGAUGUUCCUUUGCAUCUCCAGCCUCCUGACCCCCAAGCUCCCCAACGCCGAAGCACCCCUGAACUGCCAGAGGCAAGUGUCCAGAAAGGAGACAGCCUUCCCAGGGGAGACCCACCGACCUGGUCUGAGGAAGAAGGCGGGACCUCGGUUGGAGAGAAUGUGGUAGUGGAAACCUUACAUAGGGCCCUACUUCGGUGGCAGCUCUCCCCCUCCCUGACCCACACUGACUCUUCUGGGGAAAGCCCCUGGGAAUCCUCAGGGGACGAGGAAGAGGGGCCCUUCCUGGGACCCGGCUACAGCCCCUCCCCUCACCCGCUCCGGGCCGAGGACAUGCUCCGAGAGAUCCGGGAGGAACUGGCCAGCCAAAGGAUUGAGAGAGUCCCCGAGCCUGGGGACAGCAGACCUCGGAAGCUGACUCGGGUCCAACUGCAGAGGAUGCGGGGGCUUCACGUCAUACGCCUGGACACGCCCCUGUCCGCAUCAGAGGUGUGAGGGAAUACCUCCGUAAGAGUGCUGGUCACCACCUCCACCCCUGGAUUCUACCUCAAGGACACUUCCCCAGGCACCCUGCCCUUCCUGCUCUGAGGACUUUGGGGAUCAAGAGCUGUACACCGAUGUGUCACAGACACACCAGAGUCCCACAUAAAGUUGUGCAUAAAGAUG